AUGGUUCUCACGCAACAAAGCCUUGUUAGCUUCAUUCACCAUUUAUCCUGCCAAGUCGACGGUGCCACCAGUUUCUCAUCGCUCGUUUCCUUCAGCGAGGACUUCAACCCCUUGCAGAAUGCCACUCAAAAGGUCCUUGAGGAACUCCAAGGAGUGCUUGGACAGUUGCGUCAACAAGCUAUUUCGCGAUCGCAGACUCGACCUGCUCCCGAAUGUAUCCCGUCCGUGCUUGAGGGCUGCAGGGACGCAGUACAACUCGUGCACAACCAACUGCAUCUCUACCAGUACACCUGCGGUGGUAAGGAAUUUGUCAAUGCAGCAUGGAUGGAGCCCGUAGAGGCCCUGCAACAUUAUAAACUCAUCCUGGAACAGUGCAUUCAUUGCAUGGGGUCGGAAGAUGCGGAUUCCCUCGGCACAACUCCUGCGGCAGCAGCCCUCGAGAGCCUGAAGAGCUUGGUGCUGUACCACUUGGAACGGCAGUCCCACUUCCAGGCCUUCCAGCUGCACGAUCCAUACCAGCGGGCACCGAGUCCUACAGUAUGCAGCCACAGCCAAGCACCCUCGACAUAUGUGACCCCGCCUCAGAGCGUCAAUGGGGGCGAGGCGCCGGACAGAUCUCCAACUCCUCAUCCAUUGGCAGCCUUCUCCCAGGUUUUCUCUCAUCGCGUGGACAGAGAGAAUGAAAUGACAGAUGUGGACAUCCGCACCAGCGACGGCUCCACACCCUUGUACUGGACGAUCGAGGAAGGCCACGCGGAUAUGGCGCGGAUCUUGAUUGAGGCGCAGGCGGACAUGGACACGCCGCAUCCCAAGACGGGACUGCCGCCUCUAUACCUUGCCGUCCAGCAGCUACGUCGCGGGCUGGUGAAAGUGAUGAUAACCAAGGGCGCAAAUCCAGCCCUCCGGAUCCCCGGUAAGCACUGUUCGCGGUGCAAAAAGGCCAAGAGGCCCCAGGGGAGGAAUUCCCGAUGCGUUCUAAUGGCCAUUGAGAGAAAUCAAGGCAACGAAGUGACAUGGCAGGCCAUCGAUGCUAUGCUAAGGGCUGAGUUCUGGCGGCGUAACCCUAGUGGGAAGUCAAGAUAA